AUGACAAUCACAAGUUUCAUUGGAUUAUUUGGGGCACAACUUGAGCAUACAGGAUUUUUAAAUACAUAUAAUGGUCUUCAUGCUAUUAUACUCGUAUUUGAAUUAGUAAUCAUUUCAGUUGUAUACAACUAUAGAUCACAAAUACUUGAUCCUUAUGCAAGUAUACUGUGGGAUUUCUUCAUUGAGCAUGAUCCUCAAUUUAUUAUGAAUACAGAACAAUUACUGCAUUGCUGUGGAUAUCAAUCUAUCACAGAUCGUGCCUUACCCGCAAACUGUUCUCUUUCACUCAAUACAAAUAUAGGAUGCAAAUAUUCCAUCAUAUCACUCAUACAGAAAUGGCAUCAAUGGAUCAUUCUCAUUCUCAUAUUUCUACUCAUUCUUCAGUCUACCAUACUCGUGCUAUCCAUAGUGCUUGAUAUAAUAGUAGAACGUCAAAUACGUGAAGAAGAGAGAUACUUGACACUAAUCAAACAAAGUAACCAUAACUACUGGCUUGGUCACCAUAGUAACCAUGAAGGACCAAGUACAAAUAGUGGAUAUUUUGGUCGUCAUAGAGCUAGCCUUCAUACCCAAAAAAGCAAUAAUAGCAGUACAUUUAUACCAAAAUACGGUAGCACGCCCUCUACGUCUUCAGCUACCUUUUAUCAAGUUCAUUCUUAA